AUGAAUUUCUCCAGAGGAGAGAGAUUCGAGUUGGCUCUUGACCAGGACGAUGGAGCGCUCUCGGGUGCACCGUCUGCCUUCAACUCCAUCGCCGAUAUCAAAGAGCGAACACCGGCAGCUCCGACGCCACCGCGCGCGCCCACCUUGAAGUCGACCACCACGGGUUUCCCAGCGCACAAGAAGCGGACCCGUACCUCUGCAUUCAAACAGCAAAGAGCUGUAGCCGCAGGAACAUCAGACAGUGGGACGCAUACAACCGGUACGCCGCCACCAGCGACUACACGUGUUGCCCCGGAGCAGCCAGCAAGCACUGUUCUAGGACAUGGCGGCGGCUUCGAGGACAGCGACCGGCAGAGAAUCGACGAGGAGAACCGACAGCAGCUGGCCAGUAUGUCUACGGCUGAGAUCGAGCAGGAGCAGAAAGAGCUUCUCGCCGGCUUGAGCCCUGCCUUUCUCGAAAAGCUACUGAAGAAAGCGAACAUCAACGACGGCUCGAGCGAGAGUGAACCUCACCCGGCUCCCUCUAUCACACAAGAGCACAUAGACGCACACGAAGAAGCAAAGCGCGCGCAUCAGUCGAAAGCAAUCAGAAGAGUUGCCUUUGCGGAACCCGAUCUGUCCUCAGACACGGAACCCACCGCUCCCGGUCAUCAGGAAACCCCAAACCUUCCACCAGCACCAGCACCAGCACCAGCACCAGCACCAGCACCAGCAAUCCACUUUCCACACCCGCCACCACCCACCGAGCCUCUUGACGAAGACACCCCCCUUGACCCAUCUUCAGACACCUUCCUCGCCGACCUCCACGCCAAGUACUUCCCAAACACGCCUCAUGACCCCUCCAAGCUCGCCUGGCUCCAACCCGUUGACCCCUCAACCUCACCCUACAACCCCUCCGUCACCUCGCUUUCGCCAAGCGACAUCCGCUUCUCCUUCACCGGCGCACUGAUACCUCCGUCUGAAGCCGCGCUGAUUCCGGUAACAAAGGGGCUGCACCACCACGGCGAUGCGCCCGAUGCCGCUGGAUACACGAUUCCGGAGCUUGCGUGGCUGAGCAGGAGUAGGGUCGCGGGGCAGAGGUGUAUGGCGUAUCAGACGCUUGGACGGAUACUGUACAGACUUGGUGUGGGGGAGUUUGGGAGGGAGGGACAUCAGGAGGUGCACGGCCCAGAGAGUCUCGAGGAGAAGGAUGAUGGGGAGAAGGAUCGGGCUGAUGCGGACUCUGUACUAGCACAAGGGCUGUGGGAUUGUGUAGAGGAGAACAGGGUACUGGAUACCUUGAUGGAGGAGGCUGGAAAGGAAGGAGGGCAUCUGUCGGCGAAGAGCUAUGCGCAGGAGGCUUUGUGGAAUUGGCGAAGAGGUGGAGGAAGGUUGAAGAAGGCUGUUUGA